GCCGCCGAAUUCUGAAAAGGAGACCACUUCACUUGAAAUCGAGAGCAAACCAUAAGGUCCUUCUAACUGAAGAACAAUAAUAACCUGAAACCGAAGAAAGGUCAUUCUCAUCAUGUGAUGUUAUUGUCGAUCAACUUUAGUGGAGAUUCAGGUAAAGCUUAAGCAGGCAAAGCAAAGUAUGAUGGUGCAACGCAACUAGAGAUUUAAAUGACAUUCUUGUGAAUUUCAAUGGAUGAAAACAAAGGACAAGAUGGGGUGAAUGGAAACCGUAUUUUAAAAAGGCUUGCAUCAAUUAAAAUUUCUGAACAAGAAAAAAGCCAAAUUUAUCCAAAAAAUGGAGUUCCUUAUGUUAGAUAUCCAUCAUAUGAGAGUACAGCUGAAAUAAAACCAUCAGUUCUUGAAAAUGUCAGGAACCUAUUCAAAACAUGGAGGGAUAAAACAUAUAGAAUGCGGGAAUCACAACUUAGGGCAAAGCGACAAAGGCAACUUUUAAAUGAAGAGCAAAAGAUGAGACAUAAACUUGAGUAUCAUUUCAUGACUCCUUUUGAGAAAUAUAAAAGAGGGAGAAAGCCUUGGAAACUUGCAAUUCAGAUCUUGAAAAUUAUCAUUGUCACUAUACAGGUCAGUCUCUUUGCAUUGGACAGAUUUGCCUUUGUUACAUAUUUCAAGCACACUGAAGAUGCAUUUCAUCAUUUAUUUGUAAAAGGCUGGAGUGACAAUCAAUUUAUAUCAUUCUACAGCAGACAAGAAUUCUUGGAUGGCAUUAAUUUUGUUAAAGCAAGAUAUGAAAAUGUGAAGGAUCUGGCCAUUGGAGCUUAUGCUUACCCAGGAAGCAAUCACACAUUCAAGCCAAUUUUGUAUUGUACAAAUUAUGGAAAAACUAACAAUUCAUCAGCCAAGGAUGCCAGGGAGGAUAAUGAAGCAAUGCAAGUUUGCAAGAGAAUGGACUCAAAUUUUACCCCAUCAUUGCUAGCUUUUGAAAAAAGAUAUUUUGAAAGAAUGGAAUCAGUAGAGCUGAAUUUCCAGCUGAAGUCUAUCUAUUUGGCUGGACUUAAACUGCUACGCAAAUCUGAAUGUUUUAUUUUCAACAUAUCAAUAAAAAUUGACAAUACCAAACAUGAUGGUCGACUGCCAGUUGAGCUGACGACAGAGCAUGAUAUUUGGACAGAUGACUGCCCUCGCUACAAAAACGACGCAAAACUGGUUGCUGGGUCGUUGGAGGCCUUUGACAUUUUUGUAAUUCUCAUAUGUGCCAUAUCAUGCUCGCUAUGUAUUCGCUCUGUUGUAAAAUCAAUUAAACUUGCAAAGAAAGCUAAAGGGUACUUCAAGGAAUACAGGGACGAAGUUCUGACAAGAUGGGACAUGCUUCAGUUCAUAAACAAAUGGUUUAUUGUUAUCGUCAUCAGUGACUGCUUGUCAAUCACUGGUUCCUUUUACAAAGUCCUGAUUGAUGAACGAGACAUGGAUUACUACAACCCGUGCAGUAUUGUGUUUGGAGUUGCAGUUUUGCUUGUUUGGAUUGGAUUGUUGCGCUUUCUCACAUAUUUAAAAGCAUACAAUAUUCUCAUGAUAACACUGCGAGUGGCGACACCGAAUCUUCUUCGAUUUAUCUCCUGUGUGAUAUUUAUUUUUAUUGGGUUCACUUUCUGUGGCUGGAUCGUUCUUGGACCCUACCAUACCAAGUUUCGCACCAUGCUUCUUACGAUGGAAUGCCUGUUCUCACUCCUUAAUGGCGAUGACAUGUAUCCUACAUUCACAAAUGUUGAAAGAAGCUCGGGCACUGCCGUCUUGAUAUUCAGCAAACUAUACCUCUACGGUUUCAUCUCGUUUUUCAUCUAUGUCGUACUCAGUACAUUUAUUGGUAUAGUUGGAGAUACCUACGAGAGAUUGAAGGAUUUGGGACGGCUACCAGCGACCAGAAUUGAACGUUUCAUUAUUGGAAGACACAGAGACCCAAUUCGAAGAAGCAUCGCUCACAAUUCCUGUCGUGGCUGCGUGCGUUCCGCGGGUCAUGCUUCCGGUACAUCAAGUCCAAUCACCAUUUCAUGCCUCGAUGAAUCUAUAGAGGCAUCUUUAAGAUCCACGUUAGAGGACAGCCAAGUGUCAGUCGAGUCGGCUUCUUUGGAGUAGGAAACAAUACACAGGAUAAGUUGUAUUUUUAAUUGUUUGAUUUUAAUGAUUAUAAUUGUGUAACUAUGUAAAAACGACGAUGCUGGAGGAGCAAUUUAUGCGCUGUCUACUCGGUCUACCCUAUCGGUUUUUAGACAUUAUUCAAUUAGAUUCAAACGUGAACGCCUGUUGAAUUUCUGAUGCAUUACACAAGAUUUUGAGUAUGUUUGACAUCUCUCCUCUUUCCCUUUUAAACGAUUAUAAAAUGCAUUUUUAUACAGGUGAAAAGUACUGUUAUCUCCAAGAACCAUAUUAUAAUGAUAAUAUAUUAUAAUGGUAAUAUGGUUCUUGAAUGAUAAAAUAAUGAAAAUAAUGAUAAAGCAAUUCUAGAGCAAUGUAAACCUAGUCUUGGUUUACUUUGUUUUAGAAUUACAUUUCCACCAAAUCGUUUCUAAAAGAAUAUCUCAUUUCAAAAAUUAUUUUCCAAUUUCAUUUCAAAAAUUAUUCUCCGACCGCUGUCUUCUCUUCAAAUGUUUUGAACAUGAUCGAUGGUGACGUUAAGGCUUCAGUUCUCUCCAAUUGACUAUUAUUUAACGCUUAUAACAUCAGACUUUUUAAUUAAAAUGUUAAAAAAGCGCUUUUACAUUCAACAGCAGAGUUUCGUCAAGACUUGUGUUUGUAAUUUUCAUUCAGUUUUGAGCUUUGAUAUAAUUUUUGUAAUUACGCAUGGUAGACUUCAUUUUUAUUUAUAUGGUUGUAAAAAUUUUGGCAACAAUUAAUAAUCAUCUAUGAUAAUGUCAA